UUAAGAUUGGUAGGCUCUGUAAAAGUACUUGUUUUGCUUGGCUUAAAACAAUGUUGACGCUUUGCAGUGCUUGUUUAUCUACCUGAGAAUUUGUCAGAAACCCCAUGAAUGUGUGUAUGCUCUCUCUCUCUCUCUCUCUCUCAUAGUCAUAGCAUGGGUGAGAAGCUUGCUAAUUAACCCACCUUUCUUUCUCUGCACACGAACAAUUCGCCGCUGCAGUUUUCAGCUCAAAGCUCGAAUCUUGGCUAAUCUACCAAUGCUAUUAUUCCCAUCCAAAUCUAUGUAGAACAAUCUAUCAGGCCUAUAUUCAAGUGUGUUUACUCGUAAAAGCAGCAUGAAGUUAAGAUCAAAGAAAGGGUGGAAGUCCAUAGUGCCACUCCGUUUGACUGAAAAAUCAGCCCGACACUUUUGUUUCUUCUCGAAAGUGAAAUCAGAUAAUGAUGGUUCCAAAAGAACUCCAGUGUAUCUAAAUGUGUAUGACUUGACACCCAUGAAUGGUUAUGUCUAUUGGGCUGGCCUAGGUAUAUUUCACUCCGGGGUCGAAGUUCACGGUAUAGAAUAUGCAUUUGGAGCUCACGACUAUUCAUCUAGUGGUGUCUUUGAGGUCGAACCUCGCCAGUGCCCCGGAUUUAAAUUUCGAAAGUCCAUAUCUGUUGGUACGACGUCACUGGAUGCAACUCAGGUUAGGGAGUUUAUGGAACGUCAAGCUGCAAAUUACAACGGUGAUACAUAUCAUUUGAUUGUAAAGAACUGCAACCAUUUCUGCAAGGACAUUUGUUACAAGUUAACAGGAAAAAGAAUCCCACACUGGGUAAACCGACUAGCCAAAUUAGGUUCGAUCUUCAACUGUGUCUUACCUGAGGCCCUUAAAAUUACUGCUGUGCAACACGAGCCAAAAUACCAAGCGUAUGACACCAGUGAGAAAACGAGGCUUAGAAGUACUUUCAGCUGUCUUUCCUCGAUUUCCUCAAGGCAGAAGCAGCUUUCCACAUCGUCUUUGCUACUACAGUCCCCCUUGAAAGGAUGUCUUCGACCGUGGGAACUAAGAAGGUCUGCUAAUGGAUCGUUCAAGGAAAGGUAAUAGAAAAGACAUACUGUCGGUUUCAAAAUAGCGACUUCGGAGGCAAAGAUGAGCGAAUCUUGAAGGCAGUCAUUUCCCUUUUGAUAAUUCUUUCCGUAAUUAUAGGUGUGUAUUCUAUGUCAAUAUCAAAUAGUGAUUGAUGUAAAUCAACUAACUCCGUGUCAAGUGUGAAGUGUUGUCGUGUGUGCUCAGAUGUACACGAUAUUUGAUUGUGUAGACUCUAGUCAAGUUCAUAGUAUGAGAGCAAACUUAGUAUGUACUUGAGGUACCAUAUGUUCUAAGCUAAUGCAAAUUGCAUUGUGCAUGUUGUUCAA